AUGUCGCGCAUCAAAAUGGCUACUUUUAACUACAUAAGCACCACAGCGAGGAGGAGGAAAGCGUUUUUAAUGGACCUGUUGCGUGAGGAGCGAGCUGACAUUAUCUUUCUCCAAGAGACAAAAAUAUGCUCUCUAGAAAAGGCGAACACGUGCCUGGAGUUUUUUGGCCACAUUUUCUGGUGCGCCCACACGCUAACAGCGAAUCGUGCCGGCGGACGCUUCGCGCUCGUUGACUGCAUCAUCGGGAAUCGGCUAACGCGGCUCGUCUCCGUCUACCCACCGAACAACACGGCUGAGCGCAAGGAUUUCUUCCUAAGGCUGCGUCCUCUCCUGGACACACCGGCGGCGCUCGUGGUUGGCGGGGACUUUAACUGCGUCCUCGACGGCCGUGACGGGCUGCGAGGAUCGGCGGUCCCUAGAGCGGACAUGGGGGCGGCUGCGCUGCGCGACGCUGUGCGCGACUUCGACGUCGUGGAUGUGACGGAGAUGCUCGACACCUUUUCUCCGCGGUUCACGCGGUGGACGGGAACCUCGCAGGCGAGGCUAGAUUGUGUCUACGUCUCCGGAGAGCUCUACGGAGGGGUUGCGACGUACGACGCCAGUAUUGUGGCCUCUUUCGAUCAUGGCUUCGUCUCCACUGUGAUGAAAUUCGGCGGACCGAGGGCGGACCAAGCACGACGCGACGCACCGUGGAAAAUGAACGCCGGCCUACUGGAUAGCGAGGAGUUCAUCAAGGAGACGCGGCGUGCCCUCCAGAACCUGGAGGAAGGCGGCGCGGACGCGGUCUCGUGGGGGGAGUUCAAGAUCAAGCUCCGGGAUGCCGCCUGCGCGCUCGGCCGCCACAGGGGCGCAGAGGAACGUCAAGUUCGGAUUCACCUCACGAACACCCUCAAGGCACUGCUGGAGGAGGAGGAAAGCAGCCUAGGAUCCUUCAGUGACGCUUCACUCCAACGUUGCAUGUAG